AUGCCACGCAAGUACCUUGGAGGGUCAGGCGAAAGGCUUACGGUCUGGAUAUCGAUUGCAGCCUCGACUGUCUUGAUUUUCUAUGGAUAUGAUCAGGGCGUCUUCGGCAAUGUAAUCAUCUCAGAAAACUUUCUCCAUACGUUCGGCUACCCGUCCGCGAACAUGCAGGGGGUAAUGACUUCGAUUUACAACAUUGGCUGCUUUAUUGGUGCCAUGAGCACAAUAUGGACUGGCGAUAUGCUGGGCCGACCUCGUCAGAUCAUACUUGGCUCCACCGUCAUCGGCAUCGGCGCCGUCAUACAGACGUGCAGUUGGUCUGUCGCAAGUAUGAUGGUCGGACGAAUCGUAGCGGGGAUAGGAACUGGCAUGAACACUGCUACAGCUGGUGUCUGGCAAGCGGAGACAAGUAAGAUGAACAGUAGAGGAAAGCUGGUCAUCAUUCAGAUGGCCAACUGUAUCACGGGCUUCAGCAUCUCGAACUGGCUUACCCUUGGAUUCUCGUUUGCGCCACGAGACGUAGCAUGGAGAUUCCCACUCGCGUUUCAGUUGUUCUUCACCUUCUGCAUUUAUGCCAUGUGCCCGUUCUUGCCGGACUCGCCUCGACUCCUCAUCCGCAAAGGCAAGCACGAAGAAGCCCUAGAAGUCAUCGCUGCUCUAGAAGGUCACGACGCAACUCCUGAGUCUCCGACGGUUAUCACGCAGUACAACAUCAUCAAGGACAUCCUUGACCGUGAGCAUAUGAACACAUACACUUGGUGGCAAUUGCUCAGUGGCAAGGGCCCAAGUGGAGUUCUAAGACGUAUGAUCCUCGGCGCAUGGAUGCAGGCCAUGAACCAGAUCUCAGGAAUUAAUGUCACCAGCUACUACAUGAGCUACAUCUUCAUCAACUCGCUGGGCAUAUCUGAGCUGUUGUCAAGAAUAUUGGCUGCUGCUGGGUCUCUUGAUUAUCUUCUGUUCGCUUGUCUGGCGUACUUUGUGAUCGAACGCUACGGAAGGCGCAAGGUCAUGAUGGUUUCGGCUGCGGCUUGCUCAAUAUGCUGGAUUGUCAUUGCAGCAGCUCAAGGUCAAACCGAAGCCGGCGGAGACUUUUACAAGUUUGGCAUAGUGGCGGUCUCAUUCUUCUUCGUCUUCUUUGCGAGCUUCGGCAUGGGUGUUCUUGGUGUACCAUGGCUGUACCCUACUGAAAUUAACGCCCUCGAGAUGCGAACGAAAGGUGCAUCAUUGGCAAUGAGCACGAACUGGAUCUGCAACUACGUCGUUGUUCAAGCCACAUUGCCAGGAAUACAGAACUUGAAAUACAAGUUCUGGAUCAUUUGGGCUGUGAUCUGUUUCGCCUUCAUUCCGAUCACCUACUUCCUAUACCCAGAAACUGCGAACAGAACACUUGAAGAUAUCGAUCGUUUCUUCGAGACUCAGCCUGGCAUCUUAAUCCACAAGAAUACGCUGGCAGUACAAUUGCAUCGACCAGCUGAGUUCAUCGAAGCGGACGCACGUAUCGCAAGAGGUGAAGUAGGCGAUAUGGGUGAAAAGAAACGGCGCAGCGUCAGUACUGAACGUGUGCAGACCAAAGAAGCUGUAUAA